CUGGUGCUCUACACUGUCAGAGAGAAAGCCCCGCUCCUCGAGUGGGUUCGGCAACCGAACCCACCUCUCGCCGUCACCGCUCUGGUCGGACCCGACGGUGCCACACCACAGCUUCGCCCGGUCUGGCCGCGCCAUCGGAGAAUGCGCCUCGCAUGGCGGCGGUCCCAACGCCGCCAGGUUCGCCGUCCCCGGGGAGGUGUACUGACCCGGGUCCUCCCCGCCCGCCCAUCUUCCAGAGUUUAAAAAUUAAACGUACACCAAAGACUCCCAAUAGUUUUGGAGAUCGCACUACCAGCGAUGUUGUCGUAAGGCUAAGGACCCAUGAAGGGCGAGACAAUUGGUUUUACUGCCACUCUGAGAUUCUCAUAGAGAAGAGCAAGUACUUUGCAGAACGUCUAUCUGAUGACUGGCCAACAUGUCAGAUCCUUGAUUCUCGGUACUGUGUGGAAGUUUACUGUGAAGAACUGGAGUUUGAUUUUCAUGUUAUUGCCUUUCGGCUUCUUUAUGUGACAGAACCACAAACUAGGUAUGGUGUAAGAAAUACACUUGGUAUCUUCCAGGUUGCUGUUCGCCUUGGUUGCCAUCAGCUGGCACAUGAUUGUAUUGAUUACUUAGAGUCCGUUCCUUGGGAAGAGACCGAGGAGGAAGAAAUGUUGAGGAUCAUACCUCAUCUUGGAUCACAAUAUGAGGAGAUCCUUGCACGUCUCCAGCCCGUCAAUCCAAUUUCAGUGGUUGGGGUUUUCAUAUCCACUAUUCGUUUUGCUACAUCAUCACCUUCAACAUCUUUGCGAGAUCUGAAGUCCUCUGCCCAAGAUCAGCUUGAAUACAUGCUCACCGAGGAUGAUGAUGCCCCACUGUUGACCUUGGACAAUGAAGAUAUCAAAAUAGAAGUGAAGAAUUGCGUCAGAGAUCUACUGAGCAGAUUCAAUUACCAUAUAGAAUCUCUUUUAAAUGCAUCUCAAGACAUGGUUUCUGAGAUGACUAUGGUCUGUGACAUGCACUCCUUCCUGUCUGACAUUUCAUGGGUUUGCCAGAUCUUAACUAAGAUGGAAAUGAUGAAGCAUCUUGUUCAUUAUUGGUUGGAAGCAUCUUUGAACAUAGUUAGAGUCACUGAAAAAUUGAAUCAGGAUGAUCACAUGCCAGAGACCAGAUUGAAAGUGAUAGAAGUGACGUCUAAGGUUCUUGAUGCAGUUGGAUUUGGACACGUGAUAGUUGCAACUGCAAUGAGGCUUGGUUUGGUUAAUGUUUGGCUUCCAUUUGUGCAGAGGACAAGGCCUUUGUUGGAGCAAGCCAAUUCGGAUAGUGAGGGAGGGUCAUCACUUCAAAUAGACAGUGAGAUCUGGCAGGGAUUGGAAUCCGCUUUCAUUUCAAUUUUGCUCACAUUGCCAUCUGUGAGCCAAGCUGAAAUAUUGGCAGGAUGGUUGAGGUCAGAGCAUGCUCGUUAUCCAGACCUUACGGAAGCAUUUGAAGCAUGGUGUUAUCGUUCAAAGAUUGCCAAGAGGAGGCUUGCUUUGUCAGAUGGCAUUAGCAACAGGACCAGCUCACAGGUGAAGUUGGAAGCAGCAGAUUAGUUCCAGCAUUGGAAAGUCUUCUGAUGAGGUAGCACUCGAGGAAACCGAUUCCCUACGUCACAGGAGAGAGAUGAAGCAUUCUACUCAGAGCGUCUACAAGAGUGGUCCAACUGAAUCAGUGUUCUUGAUGGACUGUUGGUGCAUCCAGCAUUUGGACUCGCAGGCAUAGCAAUGCAAUUUUGUUCUUGUUUCACUGCACUGAGGAUUUGAUGGGAAAAGAAUGCUAAUUUUCUUGCUAUACCGAAGACUAAGACUGAAGGCUUUGGUGGGAACAAGUAAUCUCCAUUCAGACAAUAGGUGGCUAGAGUUAGGAUGGGCAAAAUAUUCAAAGGUAAGCUCUACAAUGGCCAGUUCAAAGCCUAUUCAACAAAGGCAAAGCACACAAGCAGGAGGAACUUCUCCUCUGGAUUGCUUAUAUUCUUGUUGAUGUUUGCAAUCCAAACAAAGCUCUAUAACUUGAUGUGAAUGUUACAGAGUUCAGACAUGGAACCUCUCAAGUAGGUUCCAAGGUGUAAUCAUCUGUGUCCUUCAUAUGAACCGAACCUUUGGUAAUACUGUGCCAUAUUUUCUAUAAUUAUAUGGCAUCCCAUCAUCCCAAAUAGUGUCUUGUGAUCUUACUUCCCAACCCCAAUCUUAAAGGCGCAAGCAUCACCUUUUAUUCUAUUCCUCAACGCAGUGAGCCUAAUUUUUCUCGGCACAAUAAUAACAACAGUAGUAAUAAUAAUAUACAAAUUAGGGGAAAAUAAGAAGAAGAAAAAAAUCCUACAUAAAA